AUGGUGAGCUCCUUGCUACCCGAGCUGUGGAAGAAGAGCACCAGCUUAGACCCCGCCGGAUCUGAUGUCCUGUUCGUCCCCUCUUCCAGGCCUGCUUCGCCGGCGGGGCAUCCUUCCUCCUUGCGUGACAAUCGGAGCACGACGGCGGCCAAGAGACAUGCGACGCCAAUUCCGAUGCUUAUAGUUAUCCCGAGCAUCGCUCUCCGCCCCAUCUUUGAUGGCGAGGCCGGAGGAGGGCUGGAACCCACGGCACUGCUCCGAUUGCAGGGAGGUGUAGGUCCCCCACAGAGGCCCGGGUUGCCUUCGAAGCUUGAGAUUGGGAAACUGGAGAACUGCACACCGUCUGGUAUCUCCCCCGACAGAUUGUUGUGAGCCGCACUAAACUUCGACAGGAAGCUGAGGCUAUUGAGGGAUCUGGGGAUCGGCCCGUGCAGCUGGUUUCUCGAUAACUCCAGAAUCUCCAGGUUCUGCAUGCCGGAGAUGCUGUCGGGAAUGGUGCCGGUGAUGUUGUUAUUGCUCAGAUCCAGCACGUGGAGCUGCUUCAGCUGCCCAAACUCCGGCAGGAUGGGCCCGGUGAUGCCAUUGUCGUUCAGGUACAGUGCUGGGGGAAAGCUUGAGAUCUGGUUGUACUGAAGAGCAUUGGCCGUCUGGUUGCGCUUCACAAAGAGGGGCAUCCCGAUCACUGUGCCGAGAGGGGAGGCAGUUGGAGAGAUGAGGCUCUUGAGGCUGGUCAGGCUCAACGGGAUCGGCCCGGACAGGGAGUUGUUGGAGAUGUCCAGGUAGAAGAGGCUCUCGAGGUGCCCCAGCCAUGGCGGGAUGUCCCCGUGCAGGCGGUUCCAGGAGAUAUCGAGGACUUCCAGUUUCCGGCAGUUGGCCAGCCAGACGGGGAUCCGGCCGGAGAGAGCGCAGUUGCCGAGAGCCAGGAUUUUCAGGCUCUGGAAGCCGACAACGUCGGCGGGGAGCUCUUCGCCGCGGAAAUUUCUGGUAAGGAUGAGCGUGGUGAGGUUCCCACAUCGCCGGAGUACUUUCAGAGAUCCCCCCAGGUCGCUCAGGCUGUUGUUCGACAGAGAGAGAAACGAGAGAGAGAGAAGAUUCCCGUAGGCGUCGGGGACGGCGCCGGUGAAGCCGUUCUUGGCGAGGCUGAGGGUUUUGAGCCAGAGGGAGCCGGCGAUGCCCACCGGGAGGGGACCGGAGAAGCCGUUGGCGGCAAGGUCGAGCGAGCUGAGGCGCGUGAGUUGA